GAAAAAGGAAACUCGCCCUAGACAUACUGAUUCUUCCUCUUCACUCACUCACUGGAACUCGGGCGUUUCCCGUAAACCCUAGGGAGGAGAGAAGAUGACUGAGGCAGCAAGCGCGGUGGUGCACGAUAUCCUGGGGCGGCGCGUGGAUGACGUUGACCAGCCAAUCACGGAUUACAUCAUCAAUGUCCUCGCCGACGAGGAUUUUGAUUUCGGCGCCGACGGAGAAAGCAUCUUUGAAGCCCUCGGCGAGCUCCUUGUUGACUCCGGUUGCGUAGCUGAUCACUCCGAAUGCCGCUUGGUAUGUAGUAAACUGUCUGAGAAAUUUGGGAAACAUGGAUUGGUGAAAGAAAAACCGACAGUUAGAAGCCUUUUGGCACCAUUGCGAAUGUAUGACGGAAUGGAUGAAAAAGAAGCACCAAAGAAGAAGGCGGAGCCUGUAGAUGGUCCGUUACUAACCGAGCGUGAUAAGAUGAAGAUUGAAAGGAGGAAGAGGAAAGAGGAUAAGCAGAGAGAGGUAGAAUACCAAACACAUUUAGAGGAAAUGGAAGCAGUCAAAGCUGGGAUGCCUGCUGUAGUCGUAAGCCAUGAAAACAGUGAUGGUCCGACUGUGAGAGAUCUCCACAUGGAGAACUUCAAUAUUGCUGUUGGAGGGCGUGAUCUUAUUGUAGAUGGUUGUGUGACGCUAUCUUAUGGAAGACACUAUGGUCUUGUUGGUAGGAAUGGUACCGGUAAAACAACCUUCCUUAGGUACAUGGCCUUGCAUGCUAUUGAGGGUAUUCCCAAGAAUUGCCAGAUAUUGCAUGUAGAGCAAGAAGUAGUUGGUGAUGAUACAACGGCUUUGCAAUGUGUGCUAAAUGCUGAUGUGGAAAGAAUUCAGCUUUUAGAAGAAGAAUCUCGUCUGCUUGCAUUGCAGAAAGAAAUAGAGCCGGAUGCGGACCCUGAGAAGACAACUGUGGAGCAGAAUGGAGGAGUUGACAAAACUUCUGUUGCUCAGAGGAUGGAAGCAAUAUAUAAGAGGCUAGAGUUUAUUGAUGCUUACUCUGCUGAGGCACGAGCUGGGUCCAUUCUUGCGGGUCUCAGUUUCUCACCUGAGAUGCAGAAGAAGCCGACUAGAGCUUUUUCUGGAGGAUGGAGAAUGAGAAUAGCGCUUGCUCGUGCCUUGUUUAUUGAGCCUGAUCUUUUACUUCUUGAUGAACCAACGAAUCAUCUUGACCUCCAUGCUGUCCUGUGGCUGGAAUCUUACUUGGUGAAGUGGCCGAAGACAUUUAUUGUUGUUUCGCAUGCUAGAGAGUUCUUGAACACUGUGGUCACAGAUAUCCUCUAUCUUCAAGGAAAACAACUGAGUGCUUACAAAGGAAACUAUGAUACAUUUGAGAGGACAAGGGAAGAACAGCUCAAGAACAAACAAAAAGCUUUUGAGGCAAAUGAACGUACAAGGGCUCACAUGCAGACAUUCAUUGACAAGUUCCGUUUCAAUGCGAAGCGUGCCUCUCUUGUUCAGUCAAGAAUUAAGGCGCUGGAUCGGUUGGGUCAUGUGGACGAAGUUUUCAAUGACCCUGAGUACAAAUUUGAAUUUCCAUCUCCUGAUGAUAGACCAGGAGCACCAAUCAUAAGCUUCAGUGAUGCAUCUUUUGGAUAUCCUGGGGGCGAACUAUUGUUCAAGAAUUUGAAUUUUGGAAUUGAUCUUGAUAGCCGAGUAGCGAUGGUUGGCCCAAAUGGAAUUGGAAAAUCAACCAUUCUCAAACUUAUUUCUGGGGAGAUUCAACCAAGCUCUGGGACGGUCUUCCGUUCAGCAAAGGUUCGCAUUGCUGUAUUUAGUCAGCAUCACGUUGAUGGCCUAGAUCUCUCCUCAAAUCCGCUUUUGUAUAUGAUGCGUUGCUUCCCGGGAGUGCCAGAACAGAAGUUAAGAGGACAUUUAGGUUCGUUUGGAAUAACUGGGAAUCUUGCCCUCCAGCCUAUGUACACAUUGUCAGGUGGUCAGAAAAGUCGGGUUGCGUUUGCAAAGAUAACUUUCAAAAAGCCUCACAUUUUACUUCUUGACGAGCCAUCAAACCAUCUUGAUUUGGAUGCGGUUGAAGCAUUGAUACAAGGUCUCGUCUUGUUCCAAGGAGGCGUUUUAAUGGUGAGUCACGACGAGCACUUGAUAUCCGGAAGUGUGGAGCAACUGUGGGCUGUCUCUGAUGGCAGGGUCACUCCUUUCAACGGAACCUUCCAGGAUUACAAGAAGUUACUGCACUCUCAAUAAAAUUCUGAUCUACAUACAUAUCUUUACAAAUUUCACUUGCAUGCAGUUUUUGCGUGUUGAAAAUGUUGCAAGGCCCAUCGGCUUCUCAUAUUCUCGUACGUUGGUAAACUACCGAUAUGUCGAAAAAAUGCGAAUUUAUUUCUGUUAUAAAUAUAUAAUUAUGGUUGCCGAUGUUUUUUUGGUUAAAUUACAUGUUAUAUUAAAUUUCUUCUUGC